GUUUGAUAAGCACUUGUCCGAAAAGUGAAGACUAAGAUUACAGAUACCACUAUUUAAUAUUUGGGGUUUCAUAUUUUCGUAUUCGUAUUUCGUAAUUCUUUUUAUAUUUUCGAAAUCAACUAUAUUAAUUUAAAGUCUAAACAGUUUGUAUUCCAGACGAAAAAAUACCCACUGACCAGUCUAGUGUCGAGUACCAACGGGUGGAGGCCAACCGUUUUAACUUUUAAACCAUGUCGAAGUACAACGCCAGUAAGUUGCGGCAAAUGAAACAAGGCGUUGAGAAAGUACAACACGGUAAGUUGCGGACAAACAUACCGGCCGGCAUGGCUACACCAGGCCCUCCUCUUGGCCCCAUGUUGGGCUGCAGGGGCAUCAACAUUACAGCGUUCUGCAAGGAUUUCAACGAGAAGACCAAAGACAUAAAAGAAGGCAUACCCCUGCCGACCCGGGUGCACGUCAAUCCGGACCGCAGCUAUCAGAUAUCGAUUACAAAACCUCCGUCCAUGUACUACCUGAAACAAGCCGCGGGCAUACAGAAAGGAGCCAUGAACCCCCUUAAGGAGACGGCCGGAAUGGUUACGCUAAAACACGUGUAUGAAAUAGCGUUGAUUAAACAGACUGACGAGAACCUAGAGUUCAGAAAUCUAGAAGAGAUAUGCAACAUGUUGAUUUCUACUGCCAGGUCAUUAGGCAUCAAAGUAGUCAAGGAUUUGAACCCAGAGGAAUAUCAGCAAUUCUUAGAAGAACGAAAGAUUGUGUUGGAAGAACGAAGACGAGAAUUGCAAGAACUAAAAGAAGCAAAAAUGUUAAGAACAGCAUAAAUAAAUAGUUAAUCAUCAUUGUUAGAAGUAUGUAUCAAUAAAAAAUAGUUUUAUAUAAA